CUCACUAUGCGCAGCUCAAGAGUAAAAGAGGAGCAGCAUAUCUGGUGACAGAUUCGCACAGAACAGUCAUUGUUGGGUGGACGUUUUACGCACAGGGGGAUCUUUAAUAGCAUGAUGCACCAGUUUGAACUAUGCUAAAAAAUUAUAUCGCACGUGACAUUUUGUAGAAAUAAGCACGGUCGCAUCAUCAGAUUCGAGCGCGUAAAGCCGUGCCAUGCAGGGAAACGGGAGCUCGUUGUUACCCGGUCAGGCGCCAUGCGGACCGGCUUUAGAUGAAGGUGGUCUCCUGUCGAACCGGACCGCGGGGGCUCUCCAAAACCUCUCCCUUCGUUGCUGGCUUCAGCUGCUCUCCAAAGAGUCCGCGCCGGAGCUGUACGGCGACAGCGCCAACAUGGCAAUGCGCGUCGUAAUCGCGCUCGUCUACCUGAUUGUGUGCGCGCUGGGACUCGUCGGGAACCUUUUGGCGCUUUACCUGCUGCAGUCCCGCCACAGACUUAAGCAGUCAUCCAUCAACUGCUUCGUCAUGAGUCUGGCCGUGACCGAUCUCCAGUUCGUCCUGACGCUGCCUUUCUGGGCCGUGGACACUGCUUUGGAUUUCCGAUGGCCUUUUGGAAAGGUGAUGUGCAAAAUCAUCAGCUCGGUGACCACCAUGAACAUGUACGCAAGUGUUUUUUUCUUGACCGCAAUGAGCGUUGCGCGCUACUGUUCACUGUCCUCUUCCCUACGGAUGCAGAAUCCCAAGACGGCUUCGGUGGAGGUGAAAUGGGCCAGUUUGGGCAUCUGGGUGGUAUCCGUGGUGGCCACCAUACCCCAUGCGGUGUACUCCACCACAGCGCAGAUAUCAGACGACGAACUGUGCCUGGUGCGCUUCUCGGACUCUGGAAGCUGGGACCCGCAGCUGCUGUUGGGUCUUUAUCAGACCCAAAAGGUUCUUUUGGGGUUCGUUAUUCCUCUUAUCAUCAUCUGCGUUUGUUAUCUCCUCCUGUUGCGCUUCGUCCUGCGGCGGCGCGUCAGCGGCAUCCCCGGGUCAGACAGCGAAAGGGGGCGUCACAAGCGCCGCUCCAAAGUCACCAAAUCCGUCACCAUUGUGGUGCUGUCGUUUUUUCUGUGUUGGCUGCCCAACCAGGCUCUGACCCUUUGGGGGGUGCUUAUAAAAUUUGAUCUGGUACCCUUCAGUAACGCAUUCUAUAACGCGCAAGCAUACGCGUUCCCGAUAACCGUGUGCCUUGCGCAUACGAACAGCUGCCUGAACCCCGUGCUGUACUGCUUGAUCAGACAGGAGUACCGAACCGGCCUUAAGAAACUGCUAUUUAGGGCAACUCCAUCCAUUCGCAAUCUGGCCAAACUGGUGUACAGGGGCAAGAAGGUGGCUGAAGCGCCACCUGGAGUGGCUGUGGUACCAUUGGAAAUUGGGAUGUGACAGAUAACAGUAUGGAGAAAAGAACAUUGAGAACAUCUGAAAAUUCACAUCAAUCUCUCUUGCAACGUGGAUUUGCAAACAGUUGAAAUUAAGGCAUAUAAAUGUCAAAUGUUGGAACACACAGUGUGUCUUUGAUGAAUAUAUUUCCAAAACUGGCAUUUGUAGGCUAUUUGUUUGUUUGUUUAACUGCAUGAGCUGGAGUGGAUAGCGAGGAAGCCAACUGACUUUCUAUCUCAAACGUUUUUAUCUUAAACUAGAGAUAAAUAUAAUUGUAUGAUUUUCAUACAUUUUUAAAAGAAGUAAAUGUUCCUAAAAGUCUAUUGACAGUCGGCAUAAAGAACCUUUAAUAUGCUGUGUUGCACAAAAGUUUCUUUGUACAGAAAAAACAAUGAACACCGACAAUAAAGAACAUAAUGAUAAAAUGUAUAGACUGAAUGCACUGUACUGUAAGUUGCUUUGUAUAAAAGUGUCUGCCAAAUGCAUAAAUGUUAUUAUAAAUGUAAUUGUAAAGAAAAUGUCUUUAUAAUAAUAACUUUAUUUUUAUGAGUGUAUGCUUCUCUCUUAUCAUCAAAAAAAAAAAACAAAAAAAAACACACACACACACACACACCACAUAGACUAUUUAUAAAGCCAUCCAAAUGCACCUGUAAAAGUAAAUGAGUGUUCAAAGCUUGAAUCUAGACAUUUAAAAUUAAUCUAACAUUUACUUAUUUUUUAUUCUUCAUGCAUUAUUAUUAUUAUUAUGGAACACCGUAAAUAAUUGUAAUAAAAAUAUGUGUGUCUGAACUGUAUAUGCAGUGUAAAAUUAGGACAUGAAUAAUAGAUUAAUUAUUGCACGGCUAUUCAGACCAUCCUAAAAACACCAUCAUCUUCGCAGUUUUUCCAAAGCUAAAAUCAGUUUCAGUAAAAUGAAAAAGGACAGGAACAUAUUUAGACCAGAUUCAUUAUCUCCUUGCACUUUGUGGACCUUAAAGGAACAAAGACAGAAUAUAAAACAUGUUUGCUCAUGUGACACCCAAACUGUCCUUGGGUGUUCACUUGACACUAACGCUGAUGUACAGAAUGCAUUCAGAGCACAAUCUGUACAAUCUGUACACAAUCUGCUCUCGUGGAGUUUCCAUGUGUCAUUUUUUAACACAAAAUCUGUUUUUCUAUCACAUGUUAAUCUUCUGCUGACAUUUUAACUGCAGUACUUGACUUUACUCAGCUGUAUUUGGCUCGGUGUAAAUAAAAAUCUUUCUAAGCAAAUCAUCCUUUCGUCUGGCUUCUAUUUUACAAUGAGAACAUUUUAAAUAAAAUGUGUUUGUUCAUGAAGUUUUAGGCCCUUUUAUAAUGAAUA